UAAUAUAACUGAUACCAUUUGGUUAUGCAUCAGCUCAUGACCCACUUACUUUUAAACUUGUAAUCUCUAAUAGGCUAUAAAUACAUCACGUAUAAGCCCCUCUUGUCAUCCAAUCCCAGAAUUAGAAGCUUCAAAAAUCAGUUAAGCAGUUCCCACACUAUCAAAAAAUGAAGGGAUCAGUCAUCUUGGGGUUGGUUAUGGUAGCUCUGCUGGCGGCAAUGCCAGGAGAGGCCGUUGAUUGCAGGCUAGUGGACACAUCCUUGGCAUUUUGCAUUCCGUUCCUGGCAAGAGGGGGUGGUUUUCCCUCGCCUACAUGCUGUUUAGGGGUCAGGAAUUUGCAGGUGCUUACUUUAACCACAGAAGACAGAAGAGCUGCAUGCGAGUGUAUUAAGACAGUCGGUGCUCUCAUCCCAUUUAUAAAUGAAGAUUCUGCCUCCUCCCUCCCUCAGAAGUGUGGGGUUGAGUUGAAUAUUCCCAUCUCCAAAACUGCGGAUUGUCAAAGCAUCAACUAAGAUGAAGGCCAUCGAUCUAUGGUGGAACAGAGAUAAAGAUUCGGAGCAAUGGGAGUUCCCAUAUUAUUUUAUAUCUAAAUAAAAAUUUGUUUCCAGAAAAUAAAAAGAGUUUGUUCUAUCUGAAUUUGCUCUACCCUACUGAGAUUAUUGUGAUAAACAGUAAUGGAAAACUUGAUUGUCUAACUCUCUCUGUUCAGAUAUUUUAUAUUUUUCCUUUUAUACAUGCAUGCAAAGAUAACACAUACACAGAAGGAGAA